AUGGAAAAAUUUGUACCACAAAGGAAGCUUGUACCGCAAUGUGGAAACAAAAAGAAAACAGCUACAAAUGGGUUACAAUUUAGAGACCAAGAAAUUCAAACCUCGCAACAAAGAGUCAAAGCACUUAUGUUGCUAAAAGAAAGAUGGGAAGAAAUUGAAAUACUUUUAAAAAGAAGAAAUAAUUUAAAUUUAUUCAAUUUCGUGAUGUCACCACUUGUUAUUCUGUUUGGAAUAGCGUUUCUUUAUAUUUUCUGGAAAAAAGAUAUCAGCGAUACGUGGAGUUUUGGCUCUUUUAAAUCUCCUUGGCCAAGAGUGAAACGAAAUAAGGAUACCGUUACUUCGUUGGUUGGAGCUGUUAAAAAUAUUACACUUCCAUCUGAUAAAGUACUCAUGCCUGCGAUGUUACCGAUACCUGAUGAACUCAUAAAUGAUGAGCUAGUUGGAAAGUGUAAAAAUUAUUUAAGGUUUUUAGAUCGUAUCGAAUAUCUUAUUAACGCUGAAAAGACAAAUGUUGAGAAAAUGUUGAAUUGUACUAUAGAACCUCCUAUAUCUUCUGAUCAUAUGAAGAUGAUUAUAUAUACUUUGAAAUUUAUAUUUAUAAAACCUACAAUAGAAGUAGUUAUAGCAAUUUUGACAUAUUAUUACGUUUUUUCGAAAAGACUAUAUUUAAUUGAUGAUAAUAAUGUUACUCUAGAUGAUUAUGGUAGAGUAAUUUUCUUUGGAAAUAAGGAUAUUGUGGAAGAAUAUAAAGUAAGAAUUUAUGGAAAUAAGAAAAGUAGAAGGAAGAAAUACGGAACAAUCAAAUUAAUAGGAGAUGGAUUAAGUGAAUUUAAAAAACGGCUUGAUUCUUCACCUUAUUUCUAUAUUAUUAUAGCUUAUUUACUUUUAUUUUACGCGCCCUAUUCAUUUGUAACCUUUUUGGGUUAUAUGAUCAUUAAGAUUCUACCAAAUGAAGAAACUAAUACGAGCACGAGUUCUCAUGACAAACCUCAACUCGAAGAUGAUACAGAAGAAAAAGAUAUAAAAAACCUGGCCGAAAUACUUAAAUUUGGUAAUCCAAUGAAUAUUGCUGAAAAAUAUGUUAUUUAUACAUCUAUAAUAGUUCUUAGAAUGAAAACAGGAUAUCAAUUUAAAAUAGAAUCUAUAGAAAUAACUGAAAAGCAAAGAAAUGAGCUUAGGAGCCUUUUGUGUGGAUUAGUUCAAUAUUCGUAUAUAGAGGAAAUGUGUUAG